CGCUAAUGAAAUCAAUUUUUUGAGCGCGCAACUGUUAUGAGUUAUAUAUUCGGUUUAAUAAUAAUAAUGAAUUUUAAAGUCCGAAAAGGAACUUCUAUGGAGUCUGUAAUAUCAGUAAAUUACUAACUAUUCCUGAAUAUUUCAUUUUCCCUUAAAUGUAACAAUUUUAUCAUGCACAAAUUUUUCGUUGCUAUGGUAACGAUGCUUGUAACCGAUCGAGGACUGAAUAAUCAGUGAAGGGGAAACGAUGUCAAAAUUUUGCCCAAACCGGCUUAGAGAUAGUUAUGGUUAUUCUAAAUUUCGUAGACGAUUGUAUGAUGUAUCAUAGAAAAUCAUCAUGUCUAGUCAAAAUUUAAAAGUGAAAGGCAAACUUGUAACUCGGUCGUCAAAAAGUCGCAUUAGUCAUCUGAAAAACAAUGAUUAUGUGCAUCAGAAUGGAAAUAUGAUGAAUUUUCCUGAAGCUAAAUGGAUUCAGAUUUUUGUCAACGGAGACGAACAUUUUUCUGGUUAUAGAUGCCUUGUAAAUACUAAGUACUAUCGUAAUUUUGAAAUGUUCUUGAACUAUCUAACAGAACGUCUCCAACCUAGUUUUGGUGCUGUUCGAAAUAUUUACACGCCUGUGAAUGGACAUUCAAUUCUCAGCUUAGAUGAUCUGGUUCCUAAACAAAAGUAUGUUGUUGCUGGUAAUGAACGAUUCAAAAAAUUAGAAUCCGGGUAUAUUGAUUUUGGAGGGAAAAAAACUAAAAGAACUGGAGUAAAACCCAAAAACAAAUCCAAGGUAUCAAAAGCCAAAUCAUUGUGCCAUACCACUUUAUCCAUCAAUUUAUACCUGAAUGGUAAUUUCAAAAUGCAGGCGAAUAAAGUGAGUUUUUCUGUGCAAGACCUUGAAACCUGGGAUUCUGUAUAUAAGAAAAUUAGCAAUGAUAUGAACUGUAAUUCUGUGAAGAGAAUCUGUUUAUUAAAUGGGAAGCCAGUAAGAUCACUUGAAGAACUAACAAAUAGUCAGUCAUAUGUUGUGAUAUGCAAGCAUGAAGUUUUUAAAUUUGGUACUUAUGGUAACAACCCACAAAAAAAGCCUCGCUCAUCUUCACGAGAAAAAUAUCGUUUCCACAGAAAGCCUCAAAGAGCUUCAUCUGUUUUUACGACAAGAUCAUCUGCUCAAUCUUUGAAACUGAACUCUUCCUUAUCUAGUUCUAGAAGUAACACACAUACACCAGCUGUACACUCUGCAGUUGUUAGGCAAGAAAAUGAGAGUCCUAGCAAUAAGAAUAGCAUUAAGGAUGAGUAUCCAUGUUUUACUCCUGUUCAAAAGGAUAUAAUCCAAGAUCAGUCUUUUAAAGAAAAUUUUAUGGACAAAUUGAGCCUAGAUUUUGACAUUGAUUACAGUGGAGUGUUUCGUUCAAAGGAAAAAAAUGAUUUAACUCAUGGAGCUGUGGAGGUGGAAGACAGUCCGGAAACACUUGUUGAUUUGCCUGUUGAUUUACUGGAUGCUGAAGAAGUUGAGGUAAUGUAAUUUUUAUUCUUGGAUACUUC